AUGAGUGUCUCCAAACCACCGCCGCCACCCUCCACCUCUCACCUGGCCAUACCCCCUUCCUCUACCUCCAACCCCUCUUCAUCUGCCACCUCCCCCUCGACAACACCCCACUCCUCUGCCCUACCCCCUCCCUCACCGGUCAAAAUCUCUAUGCAGGAGCACUUUGCCAUAAAUGUGUGCCCGGGCCCCAUCCUCCCCAUCCCACAGAUCUCAGACUUCUUCCCGCGUUUUCACGACUACCCCUGCACGCCACCGCCCCCAAGAGAGAAGAAGAUCCUGAAAGAAGAGACUUUCAACGGGGAGACGGGUGUAGGAUACAAAGAUGGGGAGAGGGUGGUGGACAACGAUGGAGACAGGGAGGAAGCGGUUGACUCUGAUGAUGAUGACACCUACCUGGGAACAUUGGAGUUCACCCUACACUUUGAUCAGGAAAACAACUGUCUUCACUGUACCAUUAACAAGGCAAAGGGACUGAAAGCCAUGGACUCCAAUGGGCUGGCUGAUCCAUACGUCAAGCUUCAUCUUCUCCCCGGGGCUAGCAAGGCGAACAAGCUACGCACAAAAACCCUGAAGAAUACGCUGAACCCUGUGUGGAAUGAAACGCUGGUGUAUCAUGGUAUCACAGCGGCUGACAUGACCACCAAAACACUCAGGCUGUGCGUGUGUGAUAUGGACAGACUCGGACGAAAUGAAUUCAUUGGAGAGGUGAGAGUGGCACUGAAGAAACUGAGAGAGGGGGAGAACAAACGAUACAAUAUGGGCCUGGAGAGAAUUGCACAGAAUAAAGAAACUAACAAUCAAAUGGUGGAGCCAGGAGCGGUGGUGGCAGAAGAGGAGCGUGGUCGCAUCCUGGUGUCACUGUGCUAUAACACAGAGAAGGGCUGCCUGCUGGUUGGGAUCAUACGCUGUGCCCAUCUGGCUGCCAUGGACUCCAAUGGCUACUCUGACCCCUUUGUCAAAAUCAUCUUGCAGCCAGAUAUGGGGAAAAAGUCAAAGUACAAGACUUCAGUGAAGAAAAAGACUCUCAACCCUGAGUUCAAUGAGGAGUUUUCAUACGAAGUCACCCUGGACCACCUGGCAAAGAAAACCCUUGAGAUCUCUGUCUGGGACUACGACUUGGGAAUGAGCAACGACUUCAUAGGUGGAGUGGAAUUGGGCAUCAAUGCAAGCGGACAGAGACUCAGACACUGGUUUGACUGUCUCAAAAACAAAGGGAAGAAAGUGGAGUACUGGCAUACGCUCACACAGCAAGGAGCCCCGAUCAGUGACAAACCGGACUAGAUUACACACACAGGACAUUCUUGCAU